AUGUCAAUCGAAAUUGUUCCACUGGCCGAGGCCGAUAUCCCCGGUGCUGUAGACUGCUUGCAAAGAGCCUUCUCCGAUGAUCCUUACUUCAAAUGGGUAUUCAACGAACCUUCAAAGUUCAACAUCGAGCGAAAUGCAGCUUCCCUCGCAUCACACUUCCGAUAUGCGAUCAACUGCAACGAUCCCCUGUUUGUUGCCCGGGUCAGCCAGUCCGCCAGCGAAGUCAAGGACGAUCGCGAAUUGAAAUUGCAAGCGGGUCGCAUUGUCGGGGUUAGCUGGUGGUGUUCGCCCCGGCAGGCUUCCGUGCCUCAGACCUGGUCUGUGUGGGCGCAGGAUUGGCUCCUAUCCUUUCGACAACUCAUGAACAAUAUACUAUUCUGGGGCCGUGGUGGAUUGAAUGCCUCACGGUAUUGGAUUUAUAAAGAGGUUCAGCGAGAGACACACAAGGAACUCUGGAAGGACCCGCGCGGCUACUACUUCUGCAAUGUUCUUUGCGUCAGCUCUGCUGUUCGCGGCAUGGGGGUUGGAAAGCGACUUAUGGAAGUUGUUAUGGACAAGGCAGAUGAGAAGAAAAUGCCAUGUUACCUCGAGAGUUCAAAGGGGUACCCCAAUGUUCUGAUCUAUGAGAAGAUGGGGUUCGAGUUGGCCAAAGAAAUUGAGUGUGUGGACGGCGGAGAUGUUUGCAAGCUGUAUUGCAUGGUCCGGUCACCGAGAAUCAAGACUUAG